ACAGGAGAAAUUCACAAAGCAAGCAAAGCAAACAAGUUCUGUGUUAUUUCUCUAUUUGUGUUCCUUUUGAAUAAGUAAUAAAUGGUCACGUUUUAAUACACCAUUUGAGAAAUUAACAUAUUCGAGAAAAAUUACAACUGUGAACCAUGGCUGAUUCGGGAGUGGAUACCAGCAAUGAAAGUAGCGACAACCCAAUUUUCGACCAUUCGCAGUGUGUGCUGGAAUUUAAUCCUCGAGCAAUACCCAUCAAUCUCGCAGGUCAGCCCAUGCCCGUGGAGUUCUUAAGUGAACCCAAUCCACACGAUCACAUCGGUAAAAUCAAGUGUUCUACCAAAGGCAGACACUGCAGGCUUAAAUAUCGUUACGGUGGGACAAUCUGCUCGUCUAGAAAUCAGAAACUUCGUUUCGCCGCCUCCACAAACAACACAGAGCUCGUAGAGAAAUUGUUGCUGUUAGGGGCAGAUCCUAAUUCGUCAGAUGAGUUCAAAAGGAGCCCACUGCACCUGUCGUCGUGCCGCGGCUACGUGGACGUGGUAAGAACUUUGUUAAAACACGGCGCUAACCCGAAUAUCAAGGAUACCUUGGGCAAUACUCCUCUCCAUCUCGCAGUUUGUAUGAAUCAUGUGAAAGUAGUGAUAGAGUUGCUGGAUGCAGGCACUGAUGUGAGCUCACAUGAUAAUAACGGGCGCAACCCUAUCCAGCUUGCACAGAGCAAGCUUAAGCUGAUCCAGAUGCGCCCCAGUGUAGCAGGACACUUUGAGGAGACCAGGCAAUUGAUUGCUGACAUCUGCUUGGUGGUAGAAAUGAUGUUAAAGUUCAUGAGGAUGCAGAAAGCUGAUCCUGGCGAGCUGGAGUCUGUGCGGGAGAGACUGGAGCGUGUCAGCACUCGGGAACAAGUCGACUGCGAAGUCCAGAAUCUACUUGACAGUCUAGACUCUUUGAAGCUGAGAUAAAAUUACUUUACAGAAUAAGAAUGAAGACUGCUUACAAAUUAAUGGUAACUACUGCCUAACAUGAGCUCACAAUUAUACAGUAGAAUAGUGUGACUAAUGAUGUUAAAUAAUGUAUUGACAAGUGUAUGAGGUCCAACUGUAACAAACUUACAUUAACUGUAUUGAAUUUUUUUGAUCUCACACUUAUUUUAGUAUCUCACCAUUGCUAAGUCUGAAUGUUUGGACAUGCAUUUGUAUACAUUGGUCAAAUUUGUCAUGAUUUCAUAUAUGCAAGA